AUGAUGACGUGUGGUCGAUAUGGAUGGAGCCGUGUGGUCGAUAUAGAUGGUACCAUGUGGAUGACGUGGCUGGAGCGACGUAGUCGACGUAAAUGUUGGCAUCCGGUUGGCUUGGCUGAAGUGACGUGGUCGCUGUGUUUGAUGACGUGUGGACGACUUAGCUGCAGUGGCGUGGUCAACGCAAGCAUUGACGCGGCUGGAAUGACGUGGUCGACGUGGGAUGGUGGCGUGUGGCAGGAGUGA